CUUUUUAACAUAUUUUAUUUGUCUUUGUAUGCCUCAGGCAAGUACAAUUAUUGACAAACUUUAAUAAAGAAAAGAUGGGUGCUUCUACUUCAGCUGAAAAUCCAGCAAGUGUCAUAAUGCUAGGAUUAGACGGAGCGGGGAAAACAACGAUUUUGAAAAGAUUAAGAGAAAUAGAAAAUGAAGACACAUCUCCUACUAUUGGAAUUGACCUUAAAGAGCUAGAGCCGAUAGAUGGUAUUACCUUUCACGUUUUCGAUUUUUGUGGUCUUCCCAAAAUGAGACCUGUCUGGCAAUCCCGUUUGGAAGAAAUGGAUCUUGAAGGACUUAUAUAUGUUGUGGAUAUCAGUGAUGAAGGCAGGAUUCCGGAAUCGCGUGAAGAGUUGUUAAAAGUUUUAAGCAAUGAAAAAAUGAUUCAGAUACCCCUCCUAGUUAUAGCCAACAAGAAGUCGCAAAAUACCAUAGAUGACACUAAACUUAUUUACUAUAUGGGUUUGGAAAACCGUUCCGUAGAAUUAUUCGAUUUCCAUACAGUCAAUGCAAUCAGAGAUACAUAUACAGAAAUACUCAAACCCAUGCAGAGUUUGGCGGACAUGGUUAAAAGCUUACGAAAGAGAGCCCAAUGACGAUUUAUGGAGAAUGUUACAUAUACCCCUAGGCACUUUUGGAAGCAUUAGAAGAGAUCGUAUCUGCACCAUUUAUCUAUAAAUCUUGAAUAUCUCACAUGUUACAUGUAUACUGUGCAUGUCUUCUGUUAUAUUUAGGUCGAUUGUUUACCUUACUUAAUAUAAAACCGAAGAUAUCCUAAAAUAAGCAUUCAAUGCUUAUAUUUAUUUUCAUGGUGAUGUUUAUUUGUAUAAAAUACUUGUGUAUCGUCGCUUUAAAACAAUUAUAUACGCUCAUAGUAAGGGAUAUGAGCAGUUAAUUGAAUAACCAUAAUUGCAUAUUUUUAAGUUCGCCUCCGCGACUAAACAUAUAGUACCAGAAAUUUUGUCGAAAAAAACUCUUUAUUAUAAACGAAUAGUACAUAUCAUACUGGUUAUGCAAAUUUGAACGUAUCAUUUAAUCCUACAAUAAUAAAUCUAUUCAAAACGCGUCAUGAUGUUAACUUGUGAUCAUACGCCACGAUCAGGUUUGGUGGGUUACAGAAAAAUGAACGUCACAGAUUUCAAAGCAAAUAUUAGGGAAAAUAUACACUGAAUGUAAAUAUUUCGUUGUAUCAGGUCUUUUUGUCAUGUUGUACUUUUUGGAAGUUGAUUUUAAUCAACUCUCCUAUGCAGUUACUCUGGCAACCCGAAAGUGAGACAGUGUUUGGACCUAGGCACAAAACAUCACCGCUGACAAGACGUAGUUUUUGGAAAAAUAGAAAAAUUCGAUGUAAUUUAUGCUGGAUCAUUGUUUUUCAAGGAAACUUAUCUAUAAAUACUUUGAAAAUAGUCAGAUCUUAUAUAAUACGAACAAUUUAGAUAUUUUUGUAGCCUCAUGUAUUCCUACGCCAGAGUUUAAUGAGUUAAAUACAGUCUCGUUCAACCAAACGCUCGGCUGUCUUCGUAAAUCUCCGACAAGCAGAGAGGCUCUCUUGCUUUUCUGAGAUUAACGGAGACAGCCGAGCGUAUAGUUUAACGAGACUGUAUUAAGAGAUCGAUGUCAAUAGUGCUUCGAUCCAUACAAUCUUUAGAAUUGUUUCGACUACUAAUACAUAGUUUGAAAUCUAUCUUUAAAUAUUACACAUGAUUCAUAUGGAGUUUCUCGAAAUUCUUGCCGGAAAAGAUUAAUAAUUUAUAUUAUAAAAAGUGCGUAAUUCAAAUAAAUA